CUGCAACUGCCAUACGCAUGCGCGCUGCCAACAGCUAAUUCCAGAGCGGUAUCGCGCAGUUUGCUAAGGCAACGGUCGGGGAUCGGAAAAGCCCAUCAGCAGUAGACACAACGGGACGACUGUCAAGAGGGACGCUGUCGGACUUCAGUCUUUUUAUAACGUGGUCCACCACAACGUGAUUUGAACGGUUCGCACCCAAAACACACACAGGGCAGUAGGAGGAUGGCGGUGAAUGUCUACUCCACCUCUAUGACCAUAGAGAACCUGAGUCGUCAUGACAUGUUGGCAUGGGUUAACGACUCCCUCCAGCUCACCCACACAAAGAUCGAGCAGCUCUGUUCAGGUGCUGCUUACUGUCAGUUCAUGGACAUGCUGUUUCCAGGGUGCAUACUGUUGAAGAAAGUCAAGUUCAAUGCUAAGCUGGAACAUGAAUACAUCCACAAUUUCAAGGUCUUACAGGCUGCAUUCAAGAGAAUGAAUGUGGACAAGAUCAUCCCUGUGGAGAAGCUGGUGAAGGGGAAGUUUCAGGACAACUUUGAGUUCCUUCAAUGGUUUAAGAAGUUUUUUGAUGCAAACUAUGACGGUAAAGAAUAUGACCCCGUACUGACACGGCAGGGCCAGGAGGUAACGCAGACUCCGCCCAACCCAGGCCCCAUGAGAACAUCUCCCACAGUACCAAAGACUGUUCCCACCCCCCAGAGGCAGAUCAACGUAGCAGCAGCCCGCAGGAGCACUCCAAUGACCCGCAACGGAGGAGACGCUGAGCUCAUAGAGCUCAACCAGCAGCUGCUGGAUAUGAAGCUGACUGUGGAGGGUCUGGAGAAGGAGAGGGAUUUCUACUUCGGAAAGCUGAGAGACAUCGAGCUCAUCUGCCAGGAAAACGAAAAUGAAAACAACCCAGUCCUCGGCAGAAUCAUGGAUACACUGUACGCUACAGAGGAGGGAUUUGCACCCCCAGAGGAUGAAGACAUUGACGAGGGGGCACAGGGUGACCAGGAGGAGUUCUGAACUCUUCUUCCUCUGUUCAUCACCUUCAUCAACCUGUCCUCAACUCCCCCAAUUCUCACCCUUCAACCUACCGGAUCAUUAUUGUCAUAACGCCCCCCCCCCUUUAUUUUUUUUAUAAUCUCCCUUACUUCUCUCAUCUUGUCUGCGGCUGUCCAUAUCCAUGAUGACUUUGCUGCACAGCCUAGCUUCCCAAGCUCUUAUUAGCGAAGGACACUUAACCCAGACCUGUCUGGACCAGGGCCCAGUAGCCUGACUUGGCAUACGUAUUCUAACCUGUUACCAGAGGGUACAGUUACACUGGG